AUGCCCCAGCGGGUGCCCCCGGCCUGGCACUCGGACAUGCCGCUGCCCGGGAAGCUGCUGCUGUCGGCGGCCGCGCUGCUGCUCCUGUCCCUGGCCUUCAGGUUUUAUAGGAACCGCUCGCCUCCCCCGGGAAAAAUCCCGCCGGGAGAGCAGCGGGAAAACCGGGAUGGGAGUCUGAGAAGGGAUGGGGGGGACAAAUCUGGGAAUGGCCUCGGGUUGCGGCAGGCGGCUCUGCGGGGGGAGCAGAGUUUGCCAAGGAGUGAGGAAGAGGAAGGAGAGGAGGUGGGUUUGGAGCUGAUUCCCGGGAAAGCCCCGCUCAGUCUGGACAGGACAGAGAGGGACUUGGGAAGGAAACUGGGAUGGAAGUUGGGAAUUCAAGCAGAAAGCGAAGCAGGGAGUGAUCCGGGGAGCAGGACGGGAAGCGAGCUGGGUAAAGAGCAUGGAAGCGAGAUGGGAAGUCAGCCAGGAAGCGGGCUGGGAAUCAAGCCGGGAAAUAAUAGAGGAAGAAAGCCAGGAAUCAAACUGGCAAUGAAGCCGGGAAAUGAGUCGGGAAAUGAGCAGGCAAACAAGCUGGGAAAUAAAUUUGGAAUUAAGUCAGGAAUGGAGCUGGGAGGUGAGCCGGGAAGAGAACCAGGAAACAAGAUGGGAAGAGAGCUGGGAGGCAAGGCAAGAAUCGAGAUGGGAAGUGAGCUGGGCUCUCACGACCCCGAGGCCGGAGCCCGGGGCAGCCCCGCGGAGAGGGAGGGGGACGGGGACGCGCCUGCCCCGAGCUCCGGACGCUGCCCGGGGAUUUGCGAUGCCCGCACAGAGGGGGAUGGAUGUGCCCAGAGCACGGAGCACGAUCCGGCUAGAGCCGGGAGGAGCAGCGAGGACAGCACGGGCACAGUCCGGACCCUCAGCGUCACCUCCAACCUGGGGCUGCUGCUGACGGCGAGCGAGGCGGGCUCGGACACCUCCUACUGCUUCUCUUCGGUGGCCAAGAUCCAGGUGGAGAACUUCAUCCCGGAGCGCCGGGACAAGGACAGGGACAGCUCGCCUGGGCCCGACCUGCGGGGCAAAGUCUACGAUUACUUCGUGCAGUCCAUCUCCGAGUCGGUGUCCAGGCGGACGUCCCUGCCCUUCGUCCCCGCGGGGACAUCCCAGCGCCGUGAGGAGCGGGGACAGGCAGAGCCGCGGAGAUCCAAAACCCAAAGGGAGAAUCCAGUUUCGGGAAUUCCUGAUCCCAACACCUCCAGAGCUGCACAGGAGGGCGUGGAGAGCCCUCCCGAGCCACCUUCUCCCGGCUGGGACGGCAGCACCCACGAGAUCGCCCCCCGGCUGCCCGAUGGGCUUCCAGCCGGGGGUCCUGAGCCAUCCCAAGGGUCGCCACCCACCCAGGUGCACCUGGGGAACUGCUCCGAGGUUCUGCGCUCGGCCAAGGCGCGGCAGCUGCGGGGCCUGCAGGACGCCGCUCUCCAGGUGAUGAGCCAGCACCUCCUGCAGGUGCUGCGCUCCCCGCACAUCUACGGCCGCCUCAACGCCGGCGAGCGGGAGCUGCUCCUGGGGCUCCGAAGCCGCGGGAGGCCGCGCUUGGUGGUGGUCGAUGUCCCCCCGGCCGAGCCCGGCCACCGCCGCGGCCGCCUCUGCUACUACGACGAGGACGAGGACCGCUGGUCCCAGCUGUGCCAGCUGCCGGCCGAGGUGGCCGGGCGGGGCUGCGCAGUGUGCCCCAUGUUCAAUUACCUGUUUGUGGUGCCCGGCGGGGAGGGCGCGGGCCGGGCGAGGAGCCCCUCCCGCCGCGUGCUCUGCUACGACCCCCUGGGCGACAGAUGGAGCGACAUCUGUCCCCUGCGCCAGGCGCGGCCGCACUGCCAGCUGGUGGCCCUGGACGGCCACCUGUACGCCAUCGGGGGCGAGUGCUUGGCCACCGUGGAGCGCUACGACCCGAGGCGGGACCGCUGGGCCUUCGCCGCCGCCCUGCCCAGGGACGCUUUCGCCGUGGCCCACGCGGCCACCGCGUGCGACGGGGACAUCUAUGUCACCGGGGGCACCCUGCGCUCACUGCUGCUGCGCUACGACGCCCGCAGGGACUGCUGGGCCACCAGCCCGGCCAUUGGCGACAAUGACAGGACGGCCGAACUGCUGAGCGCCCAUGGCUUCCUGUACCGCUUCCAGCUGCGGCGCGGCGCUGGUGGCACCGAUGUCACCGUGUCGCGGUGCAGCGCCAGCGCCAGGCUGUGGUACCGCUGUGCCAGCCACCCCCUGCCCGAGCCGGCCGGGCUGCGCUGUGCCGCCCUGGGCAGCCUCGUCCACUGCCUCGGCCGAGAUUUCCACCUGCGCUUCCUGGCCGAUCCCGUCUCGCCACGCUUCGGGGUCAAGGAGCUGCGGCCCUUCCCGGAGCCCCACGGGAACCUCCUCCCUGCAGUCCUGGUGCUGCCCGAGGGGGGCACGGAGCCACCGCAGCUCUGA